CAGCGAGCGGAGAGUUUGAAGCGCCGAGAUCCAAUCCAAUCAGAAGCUCAGAGAUGAGCGGAAACGUGAACUUCUACUGCGGACUCUUGCUUCUGCUCCUCUUCCAGGUUCACGCCAGACCGAGCUCCGAUGAAGGUUUUCAGGCUCUGAGCAGACUGCUGGAAGGCGAAUUCGGCCGCUACUCCACCUCCGAGGACCUGACCAAUGAAGCACCCCCAGCCGCGUCCCGGUCCGAUCUCAACGCUGACCAGUCCCGGGAGAUUGCCAGCCUCCCCAACCUCGCGCGAAUCCUCCAAGACCUCAGCACCAGCCCCCUCCGAUUUCGACGCAGAAGCAGAAAGGGACGAUCUCGGGGCUGCUUUGGAGUGAAACUGGAUCGAAUCGGGUCCAUGAGCGGCCUGGGCUGUUAGCGACUUACGUCGAGGGUCUGACUCCAAGAGCAACACUGCCGGCACCGCCUGCUCAUCAAUCUUCCCGCAUUCAGUUCACUCUUCCGACCUUUUGCUCCACUAUCUCCGACCGACGGCGAGUAGCUUCCCACCUGUAGACUGUUUACAAACUGGGAUUAAAUCCUUAAUGUACAUACAGUGUCAGCUGCUAUUUAAACCAUAUUUAAUUCUAUUUAUAUUAAUUAUUAAACUAUUUAUUGUAGCGUGUUUGAUUUUCUGUUGCUAUGGCACUGACGGUCAGUCACUUGCUGCGAGCUCAGGUGCAGAUUAAACACAGCCAUCAGUUGAGUUGCUCGUUUCAGUAAAUGUUGACACAGUGUGUGGACCCAUUGCAGAAUAAAAUUUAAAGGAAACUUGC